AUGCUGUGCGCAAUUUCGGGAGAGGCACCGCAAGAGCCUGUUGUCUCGCCUAAGAGCGGCAGCGUCUUUGAGAAGCGUCUAGUCGAGGCUUACAUCGCUGAGAAUGGGAAGGAUCCGGUGAACGGGGAGGAACUCUCUACAGAAGACCUCAUCGAGGUCAAGACUCAGCGCGUCGUCCGACCCCGACCACCUACGCUUACUUCGAUUCCUUCGCUGCUCAGUGUGUUUCAGGAAGAAUGGGAUGCCCUCGCUUUGGAAACAUACACAUUGCGUCAAACCCUCGCUCAAACGCGACAGGAACUAAGCGCUGCGCUUUACCAGCACGAUGCAGCCGUCAGGGUGAUCGCGCGGUUGACGAAGGAAAGAGAUGAAGCACGCGACGCGUUAUCCAAGGUCACCGUUGGUGCAAGGUCUUCUGGCGCCGCUGCAGAUGCCAUGCAGGUGGACUCAGCUGGCCUGCCUGACGAGGUUUUGGCGAGGGUGGAGAACACGCAGGCAUCGCUCUCAAAAACUCGACGCAAGCGCCCUGUUCCUGAAGGCUGGGCGACAGGUGAAGCAAUUUCCGCGUACAAACCUACGGAAAGCACGGACGCAUUCUACCCCGGUGGAAAGUCGUUAUCAGUCAAUGUAUCCGGUGAUUUGGUGCUCGUCGAGACUGCUGAAGGGACUGUUGGCGUGUUUUCUCUCUCUCAAAAACAGAUCAUUCACACUCUGCAGACAGAUGGCCACGUUACAAAUGUCCUCUGGGCAGGCGAGAAAGCGGUUGUUGCUUCCUCCACUGGGUCUGUGAAGGUUUUUGAGAGUGGCAAGGAGAUCGCGAACUUCAAUUCCCACGCUGGCGCAGCCACGGGUCUUGCCUUGCAUGCAACUGGGGAUAUCGUGGCCUCGGUUGGAGAGGACAAGAGCUACGUUCUGUAUGACCUUACAACAAACGGUGUCAUUUUGCAAAACUUCAGUAACACAUCCCUGCUCUCGGUGCAGUUCCACCCAGACGGCCACCUUCUCGCUGCUGGUGGUGCCGAUGGUCAAAUUAAGAUCUAUGACAUAAAAACAGGAGCCUUGGCUGCAACUUACGACCUUGCUGGUGCUGUGAAACGCGUAUUUUUCUCAGAAAACGGAACCUACUUGGCAGCUGUCACGGAGAACUCGACGAUGGUCUCAAUCUGGGACUUACGCAGCUCGAAAGAAAUUAAGGUGCUCGAGACUGGCAGCCAGGUGGAUUCGAUUCACUGGGAUUAUACCGGUCAAUUCCUCCUGACUGGUGGCCCUAGCGGGCUGACCGUCCAGCAAUAUUCGAAGGCUUCGAAGGUGUGGACGGAACCAUUACGCAGUGCGGUCCCCGCAGUUGCCGUGGCCUGGGGUUCUGCCGCUCAGAGUAUCAUGGCGCUGGAUAAUGAUGGCAGGAUUACAGUGUUGACGGCGCAGUAAUAAGCCUAAUGCCAGAUGAGUGGCGGAGAAGUCGUUGGUCAAUACGUUGCUUCAUGGUUCCAAUUUGUACUUAUAGGAGUUUCGCAAGGGAAAUAGCAAGGAGAAUAAAUGACAGAAGGACAAACGCAUGAUGCACUGAUG